GAUGUUCUUCGAAGUGAACUUGUCGGAUUCUGUAGUCUACAUCUUGCCGAGUCCUUAUGUUUACAUAAAUAAUCUUUUUGGGCAUUGAAAGUCUUCGAUAAAGUUAAGAACUUUGGUCAUUAAUCACAGAAGAGACCUGUGAUUGGGUUUCUCAACUCCAGUUUCUGUUCUUCUUUGGGGGUUUUUAGGUUCUCGAAAAUGAGAGGAAUCUUUCUUAUUAGAUCAAGACUGUCACUUGUUAGAGCUUCCGCAGUUACCUGUUCGCGAUCUAUCACUGUUUUGCCUUAUUCGAGCAGUAACUGUAUUGUUCGACCAAGUUUGGAUCCUCCCAUAGCUCCUUUACUUCCUUUGUCUCUCUGUUCUUCGUUCUCUACGUCCAAGUUUGAUUCUGAGCUAGUAGGGUUCAACCAUGAGAAGGAUAAUGAUGAUGAUGAUGAAAAUGAGCAUGAGACUGAAGUAGAUGUUGCUAUAGAUAAGGAGGUUGUUACAGAGGAUGUUAAGACGGUUACAAAGCUGUUGGAAGAGUGUGGGAGCAACCGUAAGGAACUAAGAGAGAAGCUUGAGGAGUGUAGUGUGAAGCCAACAAAUUCACUAGUGGUGGAGAUUCUUUCACUAUCACGUAACGAUUGGGAAACUGCAUUCACAUUCUUUCUUUGGGCAGGGAAGCAACAAGGCUACGUUCAUUCACUCCGUGAGUAUCACUCUAUGAUCUCAAUCCUCGGUAAAAUGAAAAAGUUCGACACUGCUUGGACUUUAAUCGACGAGAUGAGAAAGUUAAGCCCUUCUCUCGUGACCUCACAGACACUCUUGAUCAUGAUCAGGAAGUACUGUGCCGUGCGUGACGUUGGUAAAGCGAUUAACACAUUCCACGCCUACAAAAGAUUCAAUCUUGCAAUGGGGAUUGAUGAUUUCCAGAGCUUGCUCUCUGCUCUUUGUAGGUACAAGAACGUUCAAGACGCUGAGCAUUUGAUCUUCUGUAACAAGGACACGUAUCCUUUCGAUGCUAAAAGCUUCAACAUAGUUCUUAAUGGUUGGUGUAAUGUGAUUGGUAGUGUAAAACAGGCUGAGAGAGUGUGGAUGGAGAUGGGGAAUGUUAGUGUCAAGCACGACGUGGUUUCGUAUUCUUGUAUGAUGUCUUGCUACUCAAAAGGAGGGAAUUUGAACAAGGUUUUAAGACUCUUUGACCGGAUGAAGAAAGAGGGUAUAGAGCCUGAUAGGAAAGUGUAUAAUGCGAUGGUACACGCUCUUGCCAAAGGCGGGUUUGUCAAAGAGGCGAUCAACUUGAUGAAGACAAUGAGAGAGGAGCCAAACGUUGUGACUUACAACUCUCUUAUCAAGCCUCUGUGCAAGGCUAAAAAGACAGAAGAGGCUAAGAAGGUGUUUGAUGAGAUGCUUGAGAAAGGGAUUGUGCCGACGAUACGGACUUACCAUGCGUUUAUGAGGAUACUAAGAACAGGGGAAGAGGUUUUUGAGAUGUUGGGUAAAAUGAGAAAGAUGGGUUGUGAACCGAAUGUGGAUACUUAUAUAAUGUUGAUCAGGAAGUUUUGUAGGUGGCGUGAUUUUGAUAAUGUGGCGUUGUUGUGGGAUGAGAUGAAGGAAAAGGGUGUUGGUCCGGAUCUUAGCUCAUAUAUUGUGAUGAUACAUGGGAUGUUUUUGAAUGGUAAGGUGGAUGAAGCGCAUGAGUACUAUAAAGAGAUGAAGGAGAAGGGGUUGAGAGCUAAUGAGAAUGUUGAAGUUAUGAUUCAAAGCUGGUUUGAAGGAAAGCAAAGUGUAGAGAAGGGGAUGGUAGAUGUGAAAGGUGAUGAAAAAGAAGGUGGUAUUGUGAAGAAAACUGAAAGAGAAGGGAACUUUUUGCAGCAGCCUGAGGUGAGACGUGUAGUGAGAGGACAUGGUUACUCGUUUUGGGACGAAUAG